UGCCAGCCCUCGUGAGCUAAGGUACAACCCCGCAAACCCCUAUUUCUCUCCAUCUCUCUCUCUCUCUCUCUCUCAUUUUUCACCUAUACCCAACAAACCCUCCAGUCCCUCUUCGUGUGUGGCUUCCGUUUCUCCCUACGGAAAAUUCUAAUUUGCUUUUAUCUAUAAACUCGAUUCUGAGGAGUUUGGAUUCGAUUGAUGAUAAUUGAGAUUGGAUUUGAGCCGUUGAUCUGAUGGAACGGAUCGUCGGAGGUAAAUUCAAGCUCGGCCGCAAGAUCGGCAGUGGAUCAUUUGGUGAAAUCUUUCUUGCUACGCAUAUCGAUACAUUCGAGAUCGUCGCAGUGAAGAUCGAAAAUAAUAAAACUAAGCAUCCGCAACUUCUUUAUGAGGCCAAGCUGUACAACAUUCUUCAAGGAGGAAGUGGUAUACCUGGUAUAAAAUGGUCUGGUGUAAAUGGGGAUGACAAUGUUCUUGUCCUUGACUUGCUGGGACCAAGCCUUGAGGAUCUUUUCGUGUAUUGUGGUAGGAAGUUCUCAUUGAAGACGGUCUUAAUGUUGGCUGAUCAAAUGAUAACUAGAAUAGAAUUUGUGCAUUCCAAAGGGUUUCUACAUCGGGAUAUCAAACCUGAUAACUUUCUCAUGGGUCUUGGACGAAAAGCAAAUCAGGUUUAUAUUAUUGAUUUUGGUCUGGCUAAAAGAUAUCGAGAUUCAACAACGAACCGGCAUAUUCCUUACAGGGAGAAUAAAAAUUUGACCGGAACUGCCCGCUAUGCAAGUUGUAACACCCAUCUUGGGAUUGAGCAAAGCCGGAGGGAUGACUUGGAGUCCCUUGGAUAUGUGCUUCUGUAUUUUCUGAGAGGAAGCCUUCCAUGGCAGGGAUUAAAAGCUGCCACAAAGAAGCAGAAGUAUGACAAGAUUUGUGAGAAAAAGUUAUCAACACCUAUUGAGGUGCUGUGCAAGUCCCAUCCAGUGGAGUUUGCUUCAUACUUCCACUAUUGCCAUUCAUUAACAUUUGAUCAACGACCUGAUUAUGGAUUUUUGAAACGCUUAUUUCGUGAACUGUUUACUCGUGAAGGAUAUGAGUUCGAUUACAUAUUUGAUUGGACCAUUCUGAAGUAUCAGCAGGCGCAAAUAAGUAAAGCACAGCAACGGCCAAUUGCUGGAGAGAGCAGUGGAGCAGCUCCAACGUAUGUGGAAAAGCACCAAGUCAAUAAUGCACCUUUUUCAGCUGAUUUAGGUGAACGUAUGAGGUCAAACAAUGCUGCCAGUCCUGGUGUUCGCCUGCAAUUCAAGUCACCUGCAAAUCGAAAUUUUACUCAUGGGAAUCCGCUUGAUAGAAAUGUUUUGAGUAAUGCACAUGUGCCAUCUACUUCAUUCUCUCCUGCAGUCGUGGGAAAAGGAAAUGCGUCAAAACCUAUAUUAUCUACUGAAGCAAAUGCUACUACUCAGGGAAAUGGUGAUAAUUCUGGUCCUUCAAGUAGCUGGAUUUCUUCACUACGCCGCAUUUCUUCAUCCAAGUAAUUGACAUGGCAAUAUAUCUGGAUUUGCUCUUUCCAAUUAACCUAUGCUGCCAUGGGUGGGAUGAGCAGAGAAAUGCUGUUCGAAGAUGGUAUCACAGCUGGCUGAUUCAAUUUGUGCGAGAUUACUCUGUAUGUUCCAUGAUUGGUAAAAAUCGGAGCAGGAAUUGUUGAUCCUUCAUGCUCAUCGUUGGUUGAUUCAGUAAAAUUGUGUGUAUAGUAUAUGACUGACAAGGCUUUUAGUUUUCCGCAAAUAUAUGUGGUUUGUUUAACUGGAGAUAUGGUCUGUUUAUGUAUCUUGGCCUGUAUUUUUUUCUUGACUAACAGAGCUGAAGCAACAUUUGCUGGAGUUGUGGAAGCUAUGUCCCAGGCUGUUCUGUGGGCCAUAAGUGAUUGUGUGAAAUUGAAUCGUCGCAGAAAAUAAAUGAGUUUUCUGAUUUAAGGCGGUGCCUGAGGAACAGAGGCUUGCAACCUUUCUUCCAAAACUGUCUUAAAGGAGACAGCACAGAAAGCCUGUGGGAAGAGCUAAUGUUGGGAGGUGAAGGAAUCUGUCGUUACUAUUUGCUUCCUACGAGAAUGAAAAACUGUUGCUUUAAAGGCUUUAAUAGGACACAUGCUCAGAACCUGCACAAGAAAGCUCACUGAACUACAUGAUUCUCCACAGGCUGCUAAUAUCCUAGUAGUCAAAGGAUGCUUAAUUUCUUUGAUCUUUUUUCAGUAAUUCUCAAAAAUCAGUGAGUAGUUUUCAC